GUUUCGUCAAAAAUUUCGUCAACAAAACAAAAAUUUAGUUUACUAAAAAGGAAAUAUUUUAUAUAAUCUAUGUGAAGGUGAUAAAUUUAUAAACUACAUCAAAUAAAAUAUCUUUUAUCUGAAAAAAAAUCAAAAACAAAAACCAAAACAAUGGCAGUUUCCACUAUGGAAAUUUGUGAAAAUAUAAAAUUGGCUCGAGAUAUGGCAUUAACUGGAAAUUACGAAACUUCAGGUGUUUAUUACCAAGGUGUAAUUCAACAGAUUCAUCGAUUGUUGACAACAACAACUGAUUCAACAAGAAAAACUAAAUGGCAAUUGAUUCAACAUGAAAUAGUUGAGGAAUUUGAUAAAGUUAAUGCUGUGUCCCGAACAUUACAAUUGUUUAAAAUUGAUAUUCCAACAGAAAAAGUAUUAGGAUCAGCUAGUCUACAAAAUGAUGAAGCAACCCGUGAUUCAUCUUUGUGGUCUUCGGGAGGACUUGGUGCCUCCUGGAAUGCUCAAACUCGCGAUCCUGAUGUCUGGGCUCCUCUAACUCCUGGAGAACAAAAAGCUCCAAAAUCAAUAAAUGGCUCUAAGAAACCCCAAAAUCGUGUGGCUCCUCGAAAAACUUCUACAGUAGUGAACAAAAAACCUGAUUCAAAAGGCAAUAAUAAGAAGCAUGAUGAUAAAAAGAAUAAUUUCAAACGUGAUGAUAAAGAAAAAGCUGAAAACGAUAGAACAGAUGUUGAAAUUGAAGAAAAAAAAUUUGAAUCGUCUGGAAAUGAUCGAGACCUCGUUGAUGUUUUAGAGAGAGAUAUUGUUCAAAAAAAUCCAAACAUUCAUUGGGAAGACAUAGCAGAUUUGCAUGAGGCCAAAAGACUUUUAGAAGAAGCAGUAGUCCUACCGAUGUGGAUGCCAGAUUUUUUUAAGGGGAUUCGACGACCAUGGAAAGGAGUCUUAAUGGUUGGACCUCCAGGAACAGGCAAAACAAUGUUAGCUAAGGCUGUAGCUACUGAAUGUGGAACGACAUUUUUUAACGUUUCAUCAUCGACAUUAACAUCAAAAUACCGAGGAGAAUCAGAAAAGUUGGUUCGCCUUCUCUUCGAAAUGGCCCGGUUUUAUGCUCCUAGUACAAUUUUUAUUGAUGAAAUUGAUUCACUGUGUUCAAGACGUGGUUCUGAAUCGGAACAUGAAGCCUCAAGACGUGUUAAAUCCGAAUUACUCGUACAAAUGGAUGGAAUAAGCUCUAAUAAUGAUGAUCCAAGCAAAGUUGUCAUGGUGUUAGCUGCUACUAAUUUUCCUUGGGAUAUUGAUGAAGCUUUAAGACGUAGAUUAGAAAAAAGAAUAUACAUUCCACUUCCUAAUGAUGAAGGCAGAGAAUCGUUAUUGAAAAUUAACCUUCGGGACGUUAAAGUCGAUCCGUCAGUUAAUUUGUCUGAUGUCGCACGAAAACUUGCUGGUUAUUCUGGGGCAGACAUUACUAAUGUUUGCAGGGAUGCUUCAAUGAUGUCUAUGAGAAAAAAAAUUGCUGGAUUAAAACCAGAUCAAAUUCGUCAACUACCAAAAGAAGAAUUGGAUUUACCAGUUUCAGCUGCUGAUUUUUAUGAAGCGAUUGAAAGGUGUAAUAAAAGUGUUUCUCAAGAAGACUUGGAGAAAUAUGAUAAAUGGAUGAGUGAGUUUGGAUCUUCAUGAUACCACGCGUAAUAUGAUCCUAAUACAUGAUUUAAUAAUCCUUAAACUACUUUCUAUAAUUAUAAAAAGAGGAAGAACAAGAUAAGAUUAAUUUUUUGGUGAUGGUAAAGAUCGUGAAUAAAAAAUUUUUGUAAAGUGUAUAAACUGUUUGUAGUAUUUUCAAAGUUUAUAUAAAUAUUUAAUACUUUUUUAUUGGUAUAUCAAAAAAAUAAAUUAAUAAAUGCAUUAACAAAAUGAUGUUAAAUAUUGCACUGAUAUUUCUGUUGAAUUUAUCACCGGUUGACUUAUUGGUCUCCAAUACCACCAAUUAUACCAUACUGAAAUCAAUUAAAUAUCUUUAGACUACAAAUACAUAUUUCGAAAUUUAA